CUUGAAUGCCUCCAAUAGUCAUAUGUCGUAUGCAUGCGUAAAGCUAUUUUAUGUUAAGAAUGAAUCAACGGUUGUUUCCAACUAUCAGGGAAUCUUGGCCUUCGACUUGGGUGCACGAGUAUUGUUGGGCGGAUUUUAACAGGAAAACCUUAAAUCUUUUGCUCUCUGUUUCUCGUUUACCUGCUUCACCUUCUCUGUGCUCACUUCAGUCCUCAUAGCCAUUCUACCUCUGUUGCUUCUUCAGCUUUCUGAUCUGUUAUUAUUCAGGGUGUACGAAGCAGGUAGUUUCCUCGGGUGAAUUUUAAUGUCAACACCGCUGCUCGGCAGAGGGGAGGACAAAGGUCAAAGCAAUGUCAAUUUAUUGGCCUCCUCAACUACCAUGGAAAGUGUUUGCCUCAUCAGCUCCAAAUUGAAAGAACGCGACUACAUGGGAUUAUCUGAUUGUUCUUCAGUGGACAGCUCAGAUCAGUCCUUCUCGAAUGAGAGUAAAACUAGGCUGAACCUAAAAGCAACAGAGCUGAGGCUUGGGCUUCCGGGAUCUCAGUCUCCUGAAAGAGAGGACUCAGAUAAUCGCUGCUUUGAAAGUUCAACUCAAUUUGAUGAGAAACCUCUUUUUCCCUUGCACCCUUCAACGGAUGAUCAACACCGCUCGUCAAAGAAUGCCAUUUUGGGUAACAAAAGAGGAUUCUCAGAAGCUAUGAAUGAGUUCUCCAAGGGGAAUUUCCUGGCAAAUUCGGAGGGGAAUACAAUUUUGUCACCCAGAACUUCUCCUAAUUUAGGAUUGAAAACUAGUUAUAUGCUUGAUAAAGCGAAAGAAGCAGCACCAACAAAGGUGGAACCAGAGAGUCCCCAUGUUGUGAAUGAAACCAGACCAAAUCAUAAUGGUUCUGCAAAUAAAAACAACGGUGCACCUGCUACUAAGGCACAGGUUGUGGGUUGGCCUCCUAUACGAUCACAAAGAAAAAUUUUAUUGGCUACUACUGCAAAGAACGCUGAAGAAGUAGAUGGAAAAGCACUGUUUAUUAAGGUCAGCAUGGAUGGUGCUCCAUAUUUAAGGAAAGUAGACUUGAAGAAUUACAGUGCAUAUCCAGAACUAUCUUCUUCUCUGGAGAAGAUGUUCAGUUGCUUUACCAUAGGUCAAUGUGGAUCCAACGGAACUUUGGGUAGCGGGAUGCUGAAUGAAAGCAAGAUGAGGGAUCUGCUUCGAGGGUCUGAAUUUGUUCUUACUUAUGAGGACAGAGAAGGUGACUGGAUGCUUGUGGGUGAUGUUCCCUGGGAGAUGUUUGUUGAAACAUGCAGGAGGAUGAGGAUCAUGAAGAGUUCUGAAGCUAUUGGUUUAGCUCCCAGAAAGAAAUAAAAGAGGAGAAACUGGGCAGAAUUACACGCACUGUGCAUCAAACACCGGUACGAGAUUAGCAGCUUAGUUCGGGGCGAUGUGGGGGAGAAGUUGAAGGGCAUGUGAUUACUUGAAGGCACGAUGAUCUGGACAAUUUCAUGUUAAGCUUCCUUAACCGUGAUAUUAUUUACCAUGUCAUUUUUAUGUUGUAACGGUGUUCAUGCUGAGUUGGCAAUAAGCUAUAGGAGAACUUAGAUGUGGGGUCUUGAUGUGACGCAGGAUCUGUAGUUUGCACAUUGCGUCGUCGGUUCAACCUUGUCUGUAUGUAUGUUUGUGUGAUCGAACAAAGAAAAACCAUGCGUCACUGUCACGAACCUUUUACAGUUUUACUGUCGCCAUUCAUUACCUGCCAGCGGCACUGACAUGUUUUGGAAGAAUUUUCAUAUCGUAGUUGGGGUAUAACCAGAAACUGAAACGAGCAGAAACGUGAUGGGUUUUUACCUGUUGUUUUGUGA